CGAAUCGCGAACGAUGAGAUUUGUUUGAAGCGCUUUUUCUCGGGAUCAUCAAACAUCAUGCUGCACACGUUUUCAUACCAGAGGCCUCCGCCACCCGCCCCCGUACCCGAAUGGCCGCAGGUGAGAAUAACACACACAGAUCUCAUGAUGGCGGUGGCACACGUGGAGGAUGCAACCAUCUCUCUCUCUCCUUUGCCUGGAUCUCUCUCUUUUCCGUUCAUUUCAGCGUCAGAUCGGCCUCUCGUCCGGUAGCCAUCCCACGCCGCCGCCCAAUGCGCCGCAGCAGACGUCAUCCACCGGCCAGAUCCCAGAUCCCACCGGUCAGCAGGGAGCCGGAGGCGGUCCCUUCCACCCCCGCAUGCCCAACACGCACUCGGCGCUCUUCGGGCUCCGCCCUCCACGCCCACCAAUGCCCGAGGGCGUGCGCCCACCCGUACCUGCGGCUCAUGGCGGUGGUAUGCAGACCUUCGCGAAUUCGCAGUCGUGGCGUCCGCCGCGUCCUGUGAUGGUCCCUCCGCCCGCAUCGCAUCGCAUGGCGCCGCUUAGCGCCACCAAACUCGUCCCCCCGCCGGCAGUGCCCAACGCUCCACGCGUCGCAUCCAUCCCGCAGACCUUGUCCAUGCUGCCGGGGGUGUUCCGACCACCCCCUGCUGCUGCUGGUGGGGUAGUUGGUCCUUUUGGCGUACCGGGCCGCCCUGGUGGCCCAGGAGGACGGUUCACGCCAAUGCCUAUCCAGGCAGGGGGAGGGGGAGGGGUGACGGCCACUGGCGGCGGCAUGACGGGUCAGGGAAAGGUGGGAGGUGAGGUAGUGAACGAGGUAGCCCGCUCGACGUCCGAUCCGAACAAGGGCCCCCAGGGUCCGCAGGGUCAGCAGGGGGUCGGGGCGGUGCAGAGGGAGGGAGAGGGUGUGGUGGGCGGGAGAGAGGAGGGGAUCUGUAGCGGUGUGGCCGGUGGGGUAGUGGGUCCGGCUGCUGGUGGUGGUGGUGUUGGGGGUAUGGUGAGCACUUCGGUGCAGGAGGGGCGGCGACCCUUCUUCUACCCCACCACAGCUAACCCCCUGAUCACGCCUGCCAUGAUACAGGUACCUACAUGCGCACAUGGGCCGGGCACACGGGAACGCAUCACACACAGACACGUCCAUCUGCAUGGAUCUGGGUGUGUUGGGUGUGUUGGGUGUGUUGUUGGUUCAGGCCCCUCUUCUCAAGUCGCAUGCGUCACGUCCAGUGACCUCUCUGUCCCUCCAAGGGCAGCAGCUCACCACCGCCACCACACAGCAGCAGCACCAGCAGCAGCAGCAGCAGCCGCAGCAGCCACCCCCACAGCAGACACAAGACACUGCCACAGAGGACCACCAUGCCACCACCGGCCCUCCCCACCUUCACCCGCACCCAUGGCCGGAGGAGCCCGCCCUCUCCGUCCUGCCCAGUGACCCCCUGGCUAGAGAGGUGGAGAAUCUCAAGACCGCCAAGUCGCUGGCAAUGCAGAGCGAGAAAUGGUCCAAACAACACCUACAGGGUGAGAAAGGACGCACACCACACGAGGGGGGCGAAAGAGGGAGGCCGGCCACUGGGGGCUCAUAUAUCUGUUUCUGCUCUCUCUUGUUGUCUGUGUCUUGUGUGUGGGGGUUCAGAGCGCAACUCUCAGUUGUUCCGAGACCGUCAGGUGCACGGCCCCCGACGGACGGUAGCGGGCGGCGACGAUCCCCUCAUCCAUGGAGGGGGGGCAGGCGGUAAACACGAGACGGGCGGCACCUUCCUCACCUCGUUCACCCAACACCACCAGCAGCACCAGCAGCAGCCGCCCCCGUACACGGACGAUUCGCCGUCCUUCCAGCCUCCACACCCACACCAGCAGCAGCAAGGCAUGCAGCAGGGCAUGGCCUUCGCCCCGCCCCCCGUCGUCCCUCCCAGCCAUCCGUACCAGCAGCAGCACCACCAGCCGCUGCUCACCUACACCAACGCCGAGACGCAGUACGACCCACAGAUGUACGGCACACUCGCCAUGCAGGCGUCCACACACGCACCCCCACUCAUCGAGAAUAACUUCCCCGCACACGUGCCGGCCGGCUACCCAUACGAGCAGCCCGUGCACGCGCCUCAGUACGAGCAGCAGAUGGGCGAAGAUGGAGAGAUGGAUGGAGGAGAUGGGGCGGGAGGGGGCGGGGAGGGGCAUGUGGUCAAUGGCUUCGGCGUCGUAGAUAGUGGUGCUGGUGUUGGUGGUGCUGGUGAGGCGCUGGCCAAUGGGGUGCCGCUGGCACAUGAGGGGGAGGGGAUGGGCAUGGGCAUGAUGGGCAUGGGGGAGGGGGAGAGUGUGGAGCAGAACGCCCUGUUGGUCAUGGAAUUCUGCAAAGAUAAGGUGGGUGGGUGACCGAACACAUAAAAGGAGACCACACGGACACACUGCUCACAUCGCUUUUCCUUCCUCUCUUUGUGUGUGUGUGUGUUGGAUCCAUCCAUCCAUCAGUUGUCGCGUAGCGUAGUGCAGGAGUUGCGUCAGAUGAAGCAGCCCCCCGCUGCCUCGCGCAUCGUCCUUGAGACCCUCGCCACCCUCCUCUCGGUCCCCCUCACCGACACACGCCCCCUCGCCGUCCGCAAAGUGCUCGCCCUCCCCAACCUGGCCGACAAGCUCCACACCUUCGACCUCAACAGCGUCAAGAAAAAGGACUACCAGGCCAUCCGCAGGAACCUGGCCAGCCACGAGUGGGACGAGACGGCACUCGAGACCACCAAGUUCGUCUUCCUGGCGCUCUGGGUGCGCGCCGUUGCCAUGCUCCUGCAGACGCGCAAACACAUGGCCAGCCCCCCCGUGCAGACCACUCUGACCUUCGAGCGGGCCAUACGAGAGGCGACCAUCGCCAAACACCCACUCGGCGAAAGUCGUGAGCAAUGCCACCGUAGUCGUAGCAAGGAGACGGAGGGGAGGGGAGAGGGGGCGGGGCAGAGGGGGUCGUCAGUGCGGGGGGCGGAGGCCACAGUGACGAGUGGCGGUGGGAAGGUAGUGCUGAGUUUCGAGCCCGACCUUCGUGUGAUGAGUGAGGAUGAGAAGGGGGCGGUGAUGGAUUUGAAGAUAUCGCGCGAGGGAGUGGGCUCCAUCCAGUUCCACGGCAUCACCGACUGCAGAGGAAUCGACUUCGACGAGGUCAGCACAGUACACCUACCCCACCCACUCCAUCACACAACGCACACACACACAUCAAUGCUCGUCUCAUCUCUUUGUCUCUCUGUCUGUCUCUGUCUCUGUCUGUGUGUGUGGGCAGGUUGUUCGAUUGGAGGUGGGUGAGGUGUUGGUGUACCCGAGCAACAGCAGCGUGCGCAAGCCCGAGGUGGGGCACGGCCUCAACAGGCCGGCGACGGUGACCAUGUACCAGUGCUGGCCGCCCCCCACGCAGCACGAGGGCACGCUGUCCGACACGGCCGCCAUGGAGCGGUACCGCCGGAAGAUCCAGCUCAUGACGGAGCGCAAGGACGCCACCUUCAUCGACUACUGCUGCCAGACAGGCGUGUGGAAAUUCAGAGUCGAACACUUCUGA